AUGCUUCACCACUUUUCACAAAAAGACCUCAACAAGAUUCAAAAGGCACAUCUCUCUGGUCAUGUAAAGGAAUCAACAGCCGUAUUCGACGAGAAGCUUUAUGCAGACAUCAGAGCAAUCAUUAAGAAAUUACAAACGGAGCACGAUCGCCUUGCUGCAAUCAACGCACUGACUACAAUGGAUAUCAAAAACAACUAUCAGGAAAAGAUCGUGAUGAUGAUGAUGCACCUCAUUACAAAGCUUCCUUUAUCAAAAAUUGAUUCAAGAUCUGGAGAGAUCAACUUAUGCACCAACUACUUGGAUCCUGUUCUGUGCUCAAUUCUAAAUGAUGACGAAGAUGAGAGACUAUUGCAAUGGCCUAAUACGAAAGCUGAAGAUUCAAAGUCAAAGAGACCAGAUGCGGUGGUCUUUAAUAUGCUUCAAAACCAGUACGAUACUAGUGUUUGUUAUGGCGAAGCAAAACUGGAAGAGGCCAAGAAAGUGCCUAACAUGCUGGUUCAAGAUCUACUUCGUUUAGCACUGUUCUCAAAAGACACUAUCGACACUAAAAGGCUGUCUUCUUGUAUGUCGUUCCAAGCUGUUGGUCAGCAUAUAGUAUUUUAUCUGACAUCUCUGAAAAAUGACGGACUGUAUAUUAUGAGCGAAUUAGCAGAUAUCUACUGUCCAGCUAGCAUUGAUGAUCUUUUGAAUUUUAUCAACUGCUUUGAUGAUCUGCUCAAGGUGAUGAUAGCCAUGGAUUCAAUCAACGUAGACAAUGAUGAUCAGAAGAAAACUUAUCGAAGACGAAGCUUUGAUUCCCCACAAUUCAGAGCGUUUCUUCAAAAAAAACGCUGUGAUUUCAAUGGAGAAAGAUCCUACCUAAAGUUUUAG